GAUCCUAGCCACUUCUCUCAAUCAUCCGUCUUCUGAUUCAGGGUGGCAUUGUGUGUCCCGGAGUGCAGGAGCCAGUCCCAGAAGAGAGGCGAGGCUGAGCCCAAAGCGCUGGGUUGCUUCAGCAGGGAAGUCUCCCUUCCCCCUGCUUCGGGCUGCUGAGCACUGAGCAGCGCUCAGAAUGGAAGCCAUCGCCAAAUAUGACUUCAAAGCCACUGCAGACGACGAGCUGAGCUUCAAAAGAGGGGACAUCCUCAAGGUUUUGAAUGAAGAAUGUGAUCAGAACUGGUACAAGGCAGAACUCAACGGGAAAGAUGGCUUCAUUCCCAAGAAUUACAUAGAAAUGAAACCACAUCCGUGGUUUUUUGGCAAAAUCCCCAGAGCCAAGGCAGAAGAAAUGCUUAGCAAACAGCGGCAUGACGGGGCCUUCCUCAUCCGAGAGAGUGAGAGUGCUCCUGGGGAUUUCUCCCUCUCUGUCAAGUUUGGAAAUGACGUGCAGCACUUCAAGGUGCUCCGAGACGGAGCCGGAAAGUACUUUCUCUGGGUGGUGAAGUUCAGUUCUUUGAAUGAGCUGGUAGAUUAUCACAGGUCCACGUCCGUCUCCAGAAAUCAGCAGAUAUUCCUCCGGGACAUAGAACAGGUGCCACAGCAGCCGACGUACGUGCAGGCGCUCUUUGACUUUGACCCCCAGGAGGACGGAGAGCUGGGGUUCCGCCGGGGAGACUUUAUCCACGUCAUGGAUAACUCGGACCCCAACUGGUGGAAGGGGGCCUGCCAUGGGCAGACCGGCAUGUUUCCCCGCAAUUACGUCACCCCUGUGAACCGGAAUGUCUAGGAAUCAAGAAGAGAUUAUUUAAAGAAAGUGAAAAAUGCAGACACCUACAGAAGAAUUAGACCCACAGCUGCCUCCGACAGCAGCCGUGCGGGAGCCCCGGACACCUGGCCGGGCGCCUGGCGACCCUCUCGCCUGGUUGGAACUUUGGGGGGUGGGAGGGGAGUUGGAUAUAACAAUGCCAAAACUUACCUAUAAAUUAAGGAAAAGAGUUUUUAUUACAAAUUUUCACCGCUGCUCCUAGUCCUCUGUCCUUUCACCUUUUCUCUCCUGUCAGUGCAUGACGUUUAAUACCACAUAAGCUCUAGCUGAUACCAAUAAAAGAAAAGAAACUGAGUGGGCUGGUAUCUUCUCUAUGCAGAAAUGUCUUGUAGCCGGAACGACCGAAAGGACAGCCAUUGCUGGGUUCUCCGUGGACUCGCGAGCAUGGCGGGGAGCCCUUUCUCUGUAGCCCGCCAGAGGGCGAGGGCUAGUCAGGCUCUGCCCAGUAGCCCCCACCCGUGCAUUCUGUCAAAGCUGGAAGUGGGGGUGGAAGGAAGGAUGCCGCCCCUCAUGACUCCCUUAGAAAGCUAAACUGAAAACCUGUGUCUCUCUCCCAAGUCGUUUUCCCUCCCAAAUGGUGUCACCCAGCAUGUUGUUUUCAUGGUGCCUUUUCCUUAUUUCAAGGGUUGCUUAUGAAGGGUGUUUUCUCUUUGGUUUGUUUUACAAUAAGUUAAAGACAGUCCAGAGCUCUUCGGCCCAUUGGCCUCCUCCUCUGUGUAAUACUUCUCCUUGGUGGGGAGGGAACAGGGUAGAGAAGGGGGUGAGCAGGAGGGGGGUGGGUCUGCUGCCUGUCCUGAGCAGGAGUUGCUGAGGUUCAGCAUUAAUACCUGUGAGCCCCCCCGGAGUAGAAGGGAAGCCCGCGUGUCUGGAAUCUCUGCCCGGGGAGCAGUGUGACCAGCUGGCGGGGCAGGAGGACUGGCUGCAGCUUUGCCCGCACUGGACUGGGUCUGGCUGAAGGGGUCAGCGUCCUUGGCCUUGCCAUCUCAGGUGUUGUAUGCCCCCCGGAAACCCCCUGACUCAAACCCUGGAGCCAGCAAGUUUCGAACAAGGAAAGCCCGGGGAGUUUAAACUGUCUCGCUCUCCCUCUGCCAGGAUGUACGGUGUUCCUGCACUGGGUAGAAAUGAGUCUUCCCUUCCUCUGCCUGGCUCUGAAAACCAGGGUGUCUGUUCAUGCCUUUUAUCUUUUGUAUCCCCACCUAACCUCCCAGGUGAGCCUUAGGGCAGCAUUCAAGAAGCAGCUGGGUGGUUUUCAUGUCUCCAUUCACAGCGGGCUGUGUUUAUAGCUGCUCCACCCCAGCCCCAAAAAGGAAAUGUCUCCGUGAACAGGGAGAGCAGAGGGAAGACUGGAGAUACAGGAAGCCCGAGUCCACUAAAGAGCUCUGUCCGUCUCCUGUCAGCUUCUUGUCCCUCGGAGCCAUGUGCCUGUGAACUCUCUCUCCACCCAGUCCCCUUCUCACAACACAACCAGGCCAGGAGUUGGCGACGGCCUUGGGUUCCAGAGCGGUCGUUGGAGUCUCCCUGGACUCUGGUUAUGGAGCUGGACUCGGGGCCCAGGAGGCGGCUGCUCUUCUGGACAGAGACCUCGACCUCUCCUCCCUCCCUGACAGCUUCCCCUUUCCUCGCUGGUGAUCAGGGGAGCUGGCAUUCUACACCUGGACCACGUGAUUGUUUGAUUUUGGAGUUGGUGUAUAUCAUGAAGCCUUGCUGAACUAAGUUUUGUGUGUAUAUAUUUAAAAAGAAAUCAGUGUUUAAAUAAAAAUACCUAUGUACUUAACCUUUAACUGCGAAUAGAAUUUGGUAGGUAGUGAUUAACUGUGAAUAAUAAACAUACAAUGACUUCUUCA